AUGGGGACGGCAGAACCCAUGCUGUCGAUGACAGUGGAAGGUACUGAAUUGCCCUUCCUGGUAGACACUGGAGCAACAUACUCAACACUAAGAGACACACCAGACAGUGCAACACUCUCCUGUCACACAGUUAAUGUGGUGCCUGCAAAUCUCAUGGGCAGGGAUCUGCUCGUGAAGCUGGGAGCCACGAUCAUGUGCUCUCCAGAUGGACUGACUGUUACUCUGCCUGGAGGAAAAGAAUUUCCGUGCCUGGGAUCACCUUCAAAGACUCAAUAUCUAGUCCAGAACUCUGAACAACCCACUGCCGAAAUCUACUGGGGGAGGGAAGAUAACGAUAUCUAUCGGGAACAGUUCCAGUCUGAUCUCGAGGGACAGACGUGGAAUGUGCGAACACAUAACAUUUAUGUUGGACCAGAAGGUGUGGCCGCGGCUGUGAAAUUUACUGAUGAACAACUGCCUUGGUAUAAUGUGGGAGAGGAUUCAGCCCCUCACAUUACCUUGGCGGUCCACGAGGGUCAUGGGCCAAGAGAUCUGGGACCGAUGGUCAAGCGGGCGCUGGACAACGCAUGGCCCACGGAUGUGGGUUUGGCUAACUGUUCGCCUGUCUUGUUCCAGCUGAAGUCUGGCACACCAAUUACCAGACCACAAUAUAAGCACAAAACUGAAGCAGAGGAAGGCAUAGCUGAAACCAUUGACGGGCUGUGGAAGGCAGGAGUGCUUGAGCCCUCAUGUUCUUUUUGGAACACACCUAUUUUGCCAGUGGAAAAACAUGGGACAGGGAAGUACCGUAUGGCACAUGAUUUGAGAGCGAUAAAUGCCAUACUGAGGACUGACACUGUGCCUGUACCAAAUCCGUACACAGCUCUGACCGAAAUUACUGGGGACCAAAAGUGGUUCACAUGUAUUGACCUAGCGAAUGCAUUCUUUUGUCUCCCACUGCACGAGUCACUCAGAGACAUUUUCUCAUUCACAUACAGAGGCCGGAAAUUUAGGUACACACGCCUACCACAAGGCUUUGCACUCUCACCAGGCAUUUUCAAUCAGGUGUUGAAAGAGGCACUGUCCCGAUGUCAACUGCCGGAGGGUUGUACACUGAUACAGUAUGUUGAUGAUCUUCUUAUUGCAGCCCCGUCAGCAGCGGCCUGUAUGGCAGCAUCGCUCGUGGUGUUGAACAGAUUGGCGGAGUGUGGCUUCAAAGUAAGUAAAGAAAAACUGCAGUUGGUUCGACCAGAGGUAACAUUUCUGGGCCGGGUGAUCACACACAGAUCAGUGGGAUUAAUGAACACGCACAGAGACCAGAUUCUGACACAUCCAAAACCAAGAACUGUGAAGGAGUUGCUUUCCUUUCUUGGCUUGAUAGGUAACAGCAGGCAGUUCAUUCCGAACUAUGCUGGUAAAACCACCCCUUUAAGGGACCUGAUCAAGAAAGUCGGCGUUCGAAAUCUUAAGGCUGAAUUGCCUUGGACGCCGGACACAGAGACAGCGUUCAUUUCGCUAAAACAGGAUUUGUCAAGAGCUACAGAUCUAGCCACACCUAACUACGAUGAGGCAUUUUACCUUGAUGUUUCAGAAACAAAUGGAGUUGUAAAUGGUGUUUUGUUUCAGAAAAAAGGGGGAGGUAGAGAUGUGCUUAUGUAUGUCAGCAUACGAUUAAAUUCAACAGAAGCAAGGCAUCCCACAUGCACACAACACGCAGCAGGAGUAGCAAAAAUAAUUCAGAAAACAGCACAUAUAGUGAGGGAACACCCACUGAAACUGCUUACCACACACAGUGUAGUGGCGUAUGUGAACUCACAGGCAUUCACAAUGACCCCACUGACGCAACAGAGGUUGAGUAAAAUUCUAGAUGUGCCAAAUUUGACAUUCACACAUGAAGGAAUCAAUAUGGCAGAUUUAAUGGGGUCAGGAGAACCACAUGACUGUGUUAAGAAAGCCCAAGUUGAAGGAAAAAUCAGGGAAGACCUGAAGGCAGAGCCCAUACUUGGAGCUGAGGAUUGGUUCACAGAUGGAUGCUGCCACAGAGAUGAAGAAAGAUUGAAAGCCGGCUAUGCUGUAGUCUGUAGAGUAGGAACUGAGUUUCAGGUAAAAGAAGCAGGAAAAAUUGAGGGACAACAGUCGGCCCAGAGAGCUGAAGUGAUAGCCCUAACUCGGGCCCUGAGGCUGGCCAAGGACAUGAGAGUGAACAUCUACACGGACUCAGGAUAUGCGUUUGGAGCAGCUCAUGUGGAACUGGCUCAGUGGAAGAGAGCCGGGUUCAGAACGGCCACUAAUGCACCCAUCUGUCACAAAAAGGAAAUGGAGGAACUGGAAAAGGCCCUGGAGGAUCCAGACGAGGUAAGUAUCAUAAAAUGCAAAGGCCACUCACAAGCAGACAGUAUGGUGGCGAAAGGAAACCAGAAAGCUGAUGAAGCCGCAAAGGAAGCAGCAGGCUACAAAGGACAGAGACAAAUGGUGCAGGUAACCCCAGAAGAGGAGGCCAGCACUAAUAGCAUGGAAGAAGUUAGACAGGCUCAGGAGGGGACAUCCCGAGAGGAAAAGGGGGUGUGGGAAAACAAAGGAGCCUGGCAAGAUGGUGGUUUGUGGAGGGGGCCAGAUGGGCGUCCCGCUUUAACGGCCAAAAUGGCGGAACAGAAGGUGAAUGAGGCUCACGGGCUUGGUCACCCGGUAAGUUUGCUAGAGAGGCCAGGAGAAGAGGUUGUGAUUGAUUACACCGACAUGAUUGAUACAGGCCCAGGUGGUGUGAGGUAUUUGUUGGUGUGUGUGGAUGUUCUGACUGGAUGGCCCGAAGCAUGGGCGACCAAACGAGAAGACGCGAAAAGUGUGAUCAAGUGCUUAAUCAAUCAUUACAUUCCAAGGCACGGGUUUCCCAAGAGAAUUAGAUCGGACAAUGGCACUCACUUUAAGAACAAAGAUUUGCAAGAGGUAGAGAGGAUGUUGGGAGUGCAACAUAAGUUCGGGACGGUUUAUCAUCCCCAAUCUCAGGGAAAGGUAGAGAGGAUGAACCUAAAUUUGAAAAACAAGUUGGCCAAAAUAUGUGCGCAAACGGGGCUAAAUUGGGUCGCAUCCCUGCCCAUUGCAUUAAUGAUCAUAAGAUGUUCUGUUAACCAAUCCACAGGCUUCACGCCUUACGAGCUGCUGACUGGGAGACAGUUUCCAGCACCCUGGACAGUGGUCCCGGUGGAGCAGCCCAGGACAAGCAACAGGUCUCAUGCAGAAUAUUUUAAUGAGUUGAAAGCUCUUGUGUCCAGCUUUACAAAACAGGUCACUUGUGAGAGACCCACGGGGAAAGAAGAGGUCCCGGACGCAAAGGCGGUGUGGCUAAAGGUCAUUAAGCGAAAGUGGAAGGAGCCCCGCUGGACUGGUCCGUAUGAGGUGACCGCCCGGACGGCCACAGCAGUCCAGCUGAAAGGGAAAGGCGACACCUGGUACCACUGGUCGCAGUGUGCACCCGCACAUGAGAGCUUGGUAGAGGAAAACUCGUCUUCAGAGAACACAGGUGUCAACAAACAGAGGCAGAAUAAACCUUCUCACCUGUGCAACGGGCCGACCAGUAGUCCACCUGGAAGGCCGAAGAAAGAAGAGCAGCCUAGGAGGAAAUCGCCGCGUCUACAGAAAGGCGUGGUAACAACCUGA